GAGGAGGUGGCAGGGGAGGCGCUCGCCUAGCCAAGCGCAGCGCAGCGCAGCGGAGAGAGCGAGAGCGAGCCAGCAGCAGCAGCAGCGCCGCCCGUGCAGGGAACAGCCGCCGCCGCAGCCACCGCCGGCCCAGCCAGCCAGCCACCAGCCGCGCCUGGCCAACUUUGCCCCGGUCCAAGCCCCGGGAGUGGAGGUCGCUCGCGUCCGCUUGAGAGCCCGGGGAUGUGAUUGCUCUCCCUUCCUUCCUUCUUUCUUUCUUUCCUUCCUUCCUUUUCCCUCCUUUCCUUCUUCUUCCACGCUCCCUCCUUCCUUCCCUCCCUCCUUCUUUCUUUCUUUCCUUCCUUCCUUCCUCUCUUUCGCGGAGCCGGGAAGCCGAAGGGAAAGGAAGCCAAACGCUGCCCGAAAAGAGAGGCAAACUCACCGAGGAAAAAAGGACACCAGGAUUGUAACAGCAACAGCAGCAGGAGGAGCCGCCGUUCGGCAUAGAUGGUUCUUCUCGGACUUCGGUGGGAAUCUUCCUUCCCCAGCAGAAUGGUUCCUCAGGUGGCCCUGAGCGCGUUUCUCUUAACGUCGCUGGUUCUUGGCACGGAGGCGUCUGCGGUCAGCAACUGGUGGAACCUGGUGCCCAGGAAAACAGUGCCCUACCACGAACUGAAAGAAGGGACCAAACGUUUCUCCAUGGCGGGAGUGUCCAACUAUACAACGCUGACCUUGGCUGACCGCAAAGGACUACUCUACGUUGGUGCCCGUGAAGCCAUAUUUGCCUUAAGCAUCAGCACCAUGGAAAUGGAGGAAGCGAUACUUUGGGAGGCUCCAGCGGAGAGAAAAGCAGAAUGCAUCCAAAAAGGCAGAAGUAAUCAGACUGAAUGUUUCAACUACAUCCGCUUCCUCCAGACUUACAACAGCUCUCAUAUGUACACUUGUGGCACGUACGCCUUCCAGCCCAAAUGCGGCUACAUUGAUCUGGCCACCUUCUCCUUGGACAGAUUCUCCUUUGAGGAAGGCAAGGGCAAAUGUCCCUACGAUCCUGCCAAGGGAUACACGAGCCUCAUUGUGGAGGAAGAGUUGUAUUCCGCAACCCACAACAACUUCCUGGGUACCGAUCCUGUGAUCCUGCGCAACCUGGGCCCCCAGUAUCCCGUUAAGACUGAGCACCUGCCUACGUGGCUGAAUGAACCCCACUUUGUGGGCUCGGCAUUCGUCCAGGAGAGCAAAGGCAGCGAUAUCGGAGAUGACGACAAAGUUUACUUCUUCUUCAGCGAGCGAGCGGUGGAAUAUGAUUGCGACAUCGACCAGGUGGUAGCCCGAGUGGCUCGGAUCUGCAAGGGCGAUGUCGGCGGUGCCCGUACUUUGCAGAAAAGGUGGACGACCUUCCUGAAGGCCCGGCUGCUGUGCUCGAUUCCAGAGCAGCAGCUACACUUCAAUCGGAUCCAGGGGACUUACACACUGAAUGGUGACCACUGGCGCGAAACCAGCUUUUUCGGAGUCUUCCAAGCGCGCUGGGGAGACGUAGAUGUUUCUGCCGUUUGCCAGUACCAGAUCCUGGAUGUGCAGAAAGUCUUUGAAGGUCCCUACAAGGAGUACAGUGAAAUUGCUCAGAAGUGGAUUCGUUACUCAGACCAGGAACCCAUUCCCCGUCCGGGCGCUUGUAUCACGGAUUGGCACAGGUACAACAGUUUCUCCACUUCUCUGGAGCUCCCAGACAACACCCUGAAUUUUGCCAAGAAGCAUCCCCUGAUGGAUAAGGCUGUGCCUCCCCAGGGGAACCAGCCUUUGCUGGUCAAGAAGGAUGCCAACUUCACCCAGCUGGUGGUGGAAAGAGUUCACGGGUUGGACGGCAAACCGUACGAAGUGCUGUACAUCGGGACAGAGAACGGUUGGUUGCACAAAGCGGUGGCCUUGCCUUCGGGUGUCCAUCUCAUAGAAGAACUACAAGUUUUUGAGGAAGCCCAACCUAUCAAGAGCCUGGUCUUAUCAGUACCAAAGAGAGUCCUCUUUAUCGGCUCCAACACACAAGUCAUCCAGGUCCCCGUGGCCAAUUGCAGCAAGUACAGGACGUGUUCCGACUGUAUUCUCGCCAAGGAUCCUUAUUGUGCUUGGACUUGGAAUGGAAGUCGCUGCGUCCGGAUUGAUGCAUAUGAUGGGACCUCUGUAUUGUUCCAAGAUUUGGGAACGGAGCCCAUGAUGUGUAACCCCUUGCGUUCUUCCAGACCAGGGACCAAGAUCAUUUCCAAGAACAUCACCGCGAUGGUUGGAAUGGACCUGGUGCUACCUUGCCAACUCACCUCCAACCUUGCUAAGGCCUUUUGGACCUUCAAUGGGCAGGAUUUGGUGGAAAGCCAAGCUUCGGUUGUCUACGAUGCUCGUCUGCAGGCCUUGAUUGUCUUGGACAUCCGCCUGAAGCAUUCUGGGUUAUACAAGUGCAUCCAGGUCGAGGAGAUGAAUGAACUAAUGACUGAGAGUUACCAGGUCACUGUGUUGGCUGACCCAGCCAUGUCACUGGAGACCCGGGCUCCCUUGGACAACUUGGGCCUGGUUUGGGUGGUGGUGAUUGCUCUCUCAGCCAUCUGUGUAGUUCUCCUGCUCGUAGUCUUCUCCCUGCGGCGCAGGCUGAAAGAAGAACGCGAGAAAGGCUCCAAGGCCAUUGAAAGCACCCUUGUCUACCCCAUCGAGAUGCCCAAAGAGCCCAAGAGCCCCACUUUUAUUCCCAGCACCACCUCGGACUCGGACGAGAAGCUCUGGGACCCCGCCAGUUACUACUACUCAGACGGCUCCCUCAAGAUCGUCCCGGGUCACGCCGUGUGCCAGAACGGGGGAACCACUCCCUCCCCCACCACGAAUGGCAUUCCUGGACAACCCUUGCAGUCUCCCCACCUCCACUCGCCCAACCGCAUCAACCUAAGCAACAUCCGCGGCUCGUCUUCCAACGGUUACAUCCGCCUCAAUUUGGGCACUGAGGAGCGGCCGGACUACAGUGACUUGGCUGAGGAGCUGCGUCGGAAGUUGAAGCAGAGACAAGCUCUGCCCGACUCGAAUCCUGAGGAGUCUUCGGUAUGAGCUGCCCUGCGGACUUGUCGGACCAAUUACUCAACUACCUCAUCUCCUAGGCCAGGCUCAUGGCCCGCCGCCAAAACGACUCUUUCUUUUUAAGACAAAGACUCUGGACACUUUUGUAACAGGCUUCCUCACAUCCCCAAUUUUGAUACACACUGCCAAGAAGACCCCUUCCCUCACAGCUCCCGCCUUGUUCAGUGUUCUCCGCUGUGCUUCCUUUUGGGAUCGUUCCGGGACUUUGUGAGUGAUGGUCUUCAUUCCUUCAUCUUGGAUGUUGAGUCCGAGCCUCUUAGAUACUUGCCUUUGGCAGGGGAGACCCUGAGCCGAACCCACUGUCCUGUUUCAGAUCCACAUGGGGAUGGGGGUUGAAAGGGUUGUGUGAAAAGCAAGCUGGAGCUUCAUUCCCUGUGGCAUGGUUGCGGUUGGCUUCCUAGCAGUCGUUGCCAUGUUUCUCUCUUCUUCUUGGAUUGAUUGCAAGAGAUGGACUCUGCAUUAGCGAUUCUCCCCAAAAUGGUAGGGACCACGAGGGGGAAAAAUCAACCCCUGUCCCAAAAUAGGACCACUUUGGGGAGAAGGGGACUUCAGAAAGACAGGCGUCCUCAGGGACAAGAUGUGCGUUGGGAAACUCAACCAAAGAGAAAGGGGUACGUCGGGGGCUGGGGAACGCUCUUAGCCAUAGCUUGGCCUCCUUUCUUACGGCCACGUUGAGAAGUGUGUACAAGUGAGGUGCACUCAACUCACCCAAGAGCUUUCCUUUUCCAGCAGCAGGUGGGGCACCUUUGGGGGAUGAAGAACACUUGGUCCUCACCUCCUCCUGUGGGAGCUACAGGAGAUCUGAGGUUCCUGGAGUCAUGGGGGGGGAGGGAAAUUUCCAAUCAAUUGUUCAGGGGUUUUAAAGAGGUAUCUCUGGCCCCCUUAAACUCUCCUUGCAUCUUCACCGAAACAUAAAGGCAUCCCGAAUGUUUCGAUUCCAUCCAUUUUGGGGGGGUCUCUUUGGACCACAUGCAAAGGAAGGGGUUGACCGGGGCAAUUCCAAGAGAACGGAGGAAGGCGAGCACUGGGGUGGGGGGAGGGUCAGUCCCACAUGGCACCCUCUCUGCUGAUGCCUUGCACAUUCCCUUGGCAGAAGGGUGGUACAGGUAGGAGAAUCCACACACCCCCUCCCUCCGGAAAUGUGCCAUCGGGGCUAUUUUGUAACCUGUGCCCUGCCUCCUCCAUAGCGCCCCAGGCUCCCUUCCCUGAGGGAUACACGCACGGAACUACAGGAAGUUUAUGUGUGCGGUUGCACGCUCGCUCAUGGCCUUGAGCGCGAUGGUCUUCUGCGGGCGGGUUAAGGGAAACAAGUGCCAUCAUAUGUUCCAUCCCACAAAUUACAUUCUCGGCAUCCUUCAGGGUCAUAACACAUGUGACAUUCUCUUCCAACCAGUCAAUCUGAGUGUGUGUGUGUGUGUGUGUGUGUGUGUUUGUGAGAGAGAGAGAUCGAGAAGGGCUUUCUCCACCCAAGGUGCUUCCCUGGCUCAAUCAAACACCUUUGCAGAUGGCAGCCACCCAACUUGUGAAUCGGUUGGUGGCCAGCUUAGUUUGUUUUAGGGCAGGGGUGUCAAACUCGCGGCCCGGGGGCCGGAUGCGUCAUGUGCUGGUCCCGCCCCGUCCAGUUUAGCAAAGGGGGGGGGGAGAGUCCCGAUAUGUCACGUGAUGCUGCCGUGACGAUGUGAGUUUGACACCCCUGUUUUAGGGUGAUAUGCAAGCCCAGCACCCGUUCGGUGAAUUUAAGGUUCCCUGUACUGGGCGAAUCCAGAAUGUCGUUGAAAUCAGCCACGAGGUUAAAGGUAUUGUGGCAUCAUUGUAGGCAUACGAUCGGAGAGCGGUCGGGGAGCGAAAAAAGAGAAUCGUGCUUUCUAAAGAAAGGAACAGAGCUGGAUUCUUCCGCCCUCCAUUUUCCGUGGGGAGCAUGCAAUUCCCUACAUUCAUUUCAACCCCUGCGUUGAAAUCGUCCGCGUGGCCCAUCAUCCUCUUUUGUAUCCCGCAUGCGUUUCAUUCCACCAUCAUCGAAUGUUUGUUUUCCUGAAAACACUGCUAUGUACAUAAAGGAACACACACUCCCUUGUUUCCCCAGCUGAGUUGACCUGCCCUGAAAUGUAAUUUAUUUGUUAUUAAAAUGUAUUUAUUUGACAGAAA